AUGCAUGUAUCUAGUGUGUAUCUAGUAGGAUAUAUUCACAUUAAAAUUAUUCAGUCAUACUCAGAGCAAUUAUCAGAGUUAGACCAAACAAUAAAGAGGAUGAUUGUGGAGAUUUUAGGGGUGGAAAAGUACAUGGAUGAGCAUUUGAAUUCAACAAACUACCUUCUUCGAUUGAUCAAGUAUAAAACACCUCAAAGCAGUGAGACUGAAAUUGGACUAAGUGCUCACACAGACAAGAAAAUUCUUACUAUACUAUACCAAAAUCAGGCAAAUGGUCUUCAAGUUUUGAUCAAAGAUGGACAGUGGAAAAAUAUUAAUCCUACACCAGGCACAAUUACUAUCAUGAUUGGAGACUCACUACAUGCUUGGACAAAUGGUAGGAUACAUUUACCAUAUCAUAGAGUGUUGAUGAGAGAAAAUGAGACAAGGUACUCAGUUGCUUUGUUUUCAACACCUAAAGAUGGAUUUACGAUAAAGGCACCAGAAGAAUUGGUAGAUGAAGACCACCCUUUACUCUUUAAGCCAUAUAAUCAUCUUGAGUUCCUUACUUUUAGCUACACGGAAGAAGACUUGCAAUGUGAAUCUGCUUUGAAGACCUAUUGUGGUGUCUGA